GAAUUACAAAACUGAAUGUUCUAACCAUGCUCUUUGACUCUUCUUUCUUUGUAGUUGCCCUUGCAUAUGGAAUCUAUAAGCAAGACCUGCCUGCCUUGGAAGAGAAGCCACGGAACGUUGUUUUUGUGGAUAUGGGGCAUUCUGCGUAUCAAGUGUCUGUUUGUGCAUUCAACAAAGGAAAACUGAAAGUUCUUGCUACAUCAUUUGAUACAACACUUGGAGGCAGGAAGUUCGAUGAGGUGCUAGUUGAAUACUUUUGUGAAGAGUUUGGAAAGAAAUAUAAACUAGACAUAAAGUCAAAGAUCCGUGCGUUGUUGAGGCUAUACCAGGAAUGUGAAAAACUGAAAAAACUGAUGAGCGCCAACGCGUCUGAUCUCCCAAUGAACAUAGAGUGCUUCAUGAAUGACAUCGAUGUGUCUGGAACGAUGAACAGAAGCAAAUUUUUAGAGAUGUGUGAUGGGCUCCUUGCAAGAGUGGAACCACCCCUUCGCAGCGUGCUGGAGCAAGCCAAGUUAAAGAAGGAGGAUAUUUAUGCAGUAGAGAUAGUUGGUGGUACCACGAGAAUCCCUGCUGUGAAAGAGAAGAUCAGUAAAUUUUUUGGCAAAGAAGUCAGUACAACUUUGAAUGCAGAUGAGGCUGUCGCACGAGGUUGUGCGCUGCAGUGUGCUAUUUUAUCCCCGGCUUUCAAAGUGAGAGAAUUUUCUAUCACAGAUUUGAUACCGUAUCCCAUUUCUUUACGAUGGAACUCACCAGCAGAGGAAGGGUUAAGUGACUGUGAGGUCUUUCCCAAGAACCACGCUGCUCCCUUUUCCAAGGUCCUCACAUUCUACAGAAAGGAGCCUUUUACUCUUGAGGCGUACUACAGUUCUCCCAAGGAGCUGCCUUACCCAGAUCCUGCUAUAGCUCACUUCUUGGUUCAGAAGGUCACUCCGCAAACAGAUGGAUCCAGUUCAAAAGUGAAGGUCAAAGUUAGAGUAAAUAUCCAUGGGAUCUUCAGUGUUUCAAGUGCAUCUUUAGUGGAGGUUCAGAAAUCUGAUGAGAGUGAAGAGCCUAUGGAAACAGAUCAGCAUGCGAAAGAGGAAGAGAAGAUGCAAGUAGACCAGGAAGAGCAACAGAAGACUGAAGAACAACAGCAAACCCAACCUGAAAAUAAGGCGGAGUCUGAAGAAAUGGAGACUUCUCAGGCUGACUCAAAGGACAAGAAAGUGGAUCAGCCGCCUCAGGCCAAGAAGGCCAAAGUAAAGACAACUACAGUGGACCUGCCCAUUGAGAAUCAGUUGGUGUGGCAAAUAGGGAAGGACAUGCUGAACUUAUUCAUCGAGAAUGAGGGUAAAAUGAUAAUGCAGGACAAGCUAGAGAAAGAGAGGAAUGACGCCAAGAACGCAGUGGAAGAAUAUGUGUAUGAUAUGAGAGACAAGCUCUGCGGUGUUUAUGAGAAAUUCGUUAGUGAAGAUGAUCGAAAUAGUUUCACGCUGAAGCUGGAAGACACAGAAAACUGGCUUUAUGAAGAUGGGGAAGACCAGCCCAAACAAAUUUACAUCGAUAAAUUGACAGAACUGAAGGCUCUGGGUCAGCCCAUUCAGGCAAGGUAUCAAGAAUCGGAGGAAAGGCCAAAAGCAUUUGAGGACUUAGGGAAGCAAAUUCAACAGUACAUGAAAACAGUGCACGCAUUCAAAGCAAAGGACGAGCAGUAUGACCAUCUGGAUGAAGCGGAUGUAGCAAAAGUGGAGAAGAGUGCAAAUGAAGCUAUGGAGUGGAUGAACAACAAACUUAACCUUCAGAACAAGAGAAGUCUUACUUUGGACCCAGUUAUAAAAGCUAAAGACAUACAAGCCAAAACUAAAGAAUUGACAAGUAUUUGUAAUCCUAUAGUCACAAAACCAAAACCCAAGGUUGAGCUCCCCAAGGAGGAGCAGAAGGCAGCUGAACCCAACGGACCAGUGCAAGGCCAGGGCGAGGGUUGCGGUGGGGCCCAGGCACCUGAACCGGGCACUGCUGCCCCUGCCCCUGCGGCCACCGAGAAGAAGCUUCCAGAAAUGGACAUUGACUGAAUCCCAGCACUUGUUUAUAUGAUUGCAAACUCCAAUAAAGCUUUAAGUUGU